CCUCAUCACAUCAAAAUGCAAGGACACGCCGUAAUGAAUGAUAUGCGGAGAUGUAACAACAAAAUUCAUCAGAUUAUGGCUGACAGAGAAAGACGGGUGCGAAUCAAACACCAAACUGUUAUGGAUACACCACCUAGUACGCCACCAAGCAUACCAUCUAACAAUGUCCGCAGAUGUCUUUUCCCCGACACCGUAAACGAAAUAACAAGACAAGAAUUUCGCCAAAAAGUCUUUGAAGAAAUCCAAAAAGCCACAGAAAAGGAUGGGAAGGAAAAAUAUAACUUUGAUCUAGUCAAUGAAGUUGCUUUAGAAGGUGAUUAUGAAUGGUAUCGAAAAGUGAAUGGUCGAUGGGUAUACAUGGAGCCAAAACCAGUUAAGGACCUUGAUUCAACAAAGACUCCUCUUCGUGAAACUGAUAAUAAGUCAUUGCCAGAGAUAGGUAAAAGGAAGAGGGAUGAGAAAGAAAUUAAUCACCAAGUAGUCAAAAAGCGGCUGCACUACGAUUGAAUUUGUUAAGCCAUCGAAAUUGUAGAAAAAAGUUGAGGUGAAUAGUUUUUAGACGUUCGCUUUGAUGUUCAUACCGAAUUUUCAUUUUUGCAUAUUUCUUAGAGAAACAAUGACAUUUCCAUGUAAAAUUUUUUUAGUUGAUAGUUGGUCAAGAAAUUUUUGGAAACUUUUGGAAAACUUCGUUAAAGUAUAGAAGCAUUCUGGAACCUACUCAUCUCAACUUAAAUGUUGUUACCUUUAGAACUACAUAUAGAAUUUUAGAUCAGCAACCUACUAUGUAUUCAUAGAUUGAUUCAGAUUCCUUGCACUUGUUGAAUUUAGUUUAAAAAAGUAAAGGUAUAGAAAGGAACUUUGAAAAAUAAGCAUAAGAUUAUAUUCUUU